UAUUCUACGGAAUCUCUCCAAUAAAGAUUUCCCCCCCCUCUCUCUCUCUACAAAGCACAUGAGAGAGAGUGAAGAAAAAAUGUCACAAUAGGUUUCAUUAUCUGUUGAAUGAAGCAUUUGUGUUCACACUCUCACGCUCCCAGUACUUCAAUUCCAAGAACCCACAAAACAGCCCAUGAAUAUAUUCAGUUCUGUUUACACACACAUAUGUAGAGAGAGAAAGAGAUAAAGAGAGAAUUGGAAAAUGGGAAUCACUUAUGAAGAUGCAGUUUUGAUUAAAGAAGCAGGGAGAGAAGGCGAGAGCACAGUAAUUACAGUGAAUUGUCCAGAUAAGACUGGUCUUGGCUGUGACCUCUGUAGGAUAAUUUUACUCUUCGGGCUUAGCAUUACCAGAGGAGAUGUUUCUACAGAUGGUAAAUGGUGUUACUUGGUUUUUUGGGUAGUUGCUAAGCCAACAACAAGGUGGAACUUGUUAAAGAAGAGACUUCUUGAGGUGUGUCCAACAUGUACCCCAGCAGCAUCUGGAAUUUACUACUAUAUGCCAGAAUUUCAGCAGCGAAGGCCACUGGACAUUUUCCUACUUAAAUUUUGGUGUUCCCAUGAUCGGAAAGGCCUUUUACAUGAUAUCACCGAGGUUCUUUGUGAACUGGAGCUUACAAUAAAACGAGUGAAAGUUUACACAGCACCAGAUGGAAGAGUGAUGGAUCUCUUCUUUGUCACAGACAUUAGGGAGCUUCUUCACACAACUAAAAGGCGGGAGGAAACUAUUCAACAUCUAAAGCUUGUAUUAGGGAAUGCCAUGAUUAGUUGUGAGAUUGAAUUGGCAGAUCCUGAAGUUGCUGCACGCCUACAGUCAUUUCUUCCAUCUUCAAUUUCAGAAGACACUUUCAGAGUAGAAUUGCCCGGGCAACCCUCGAAUGGAGUUCUUACCAACGAGUCUGUAUCUGUAGUUAUGGACAAUUCCCUCAGCCCUUCCCAUACGCUCGUUCAGAUCUUCUGUCAAGAUCACAAAGGCCUUAUUUAUGAUAUCAUGAGAACACUGAAAGACUACAACAUCCAGAUCUCUUAUGGCCGGUUUUUUGCAAACCCAAAAGGGAACUGCGAGAUGGACUUGUUUAUAAUGCAAGCUGAUGGGAAGAAGAUCAUUGAUAUGCACAAAAAGAACGCUCUAUGCUCUCGACUGAGAAUGGAACUUCAACAACCUAUAAGAGUAGAUGUUGUGAACCGGGGGCCUGAUCCCGAGUUGCUCGUUGUUAAUCCAGUUGAGCUGUCUGGCAGGGGCCGCCCCCUUGUCUUCUAUGACAUUACCCUUGCUCUCAAAAUUUUAAACAUUCGCAUCUUUUCGGUGGAAAUUGGUAGAUGCCAGAUUCACGAUCGAGAGUGGGAAGUGUACAGGAUCUUGUUAGAUGAAUGGGAUGGUUGUUCUGCCACCAGAAAUGAGAUUAAAGAAUGUGUUAAGAAGAAGCUGAUGGGUUGGGAAUGAUGUAGUCUAUUUCAUUUACUAGUUCUUCAACCCAUUUACUGUACAGCAUGCAUAUUUGUUUUCUUCUUUUUCUCUCUUUUCCUUGUACCCCUGCAGCUUCUAGGUUUAAUUGUAUAAAGCUUUUUAAGUAAUUCACGUGCACCUGAUUAUUCGCGUUUGAUUGUGCUUAGAAGGAAGUUAAAUUUACCGUCAUCUAUUUGAA